CAUCAUCGCACGUCAAAGCUUUGCGGUUUCAUACGGGACACGACGCAGCAGUGAGUGUGUGAGAGAGAGAGGGAGGUAGAGGAGGGAUCUGGAGAAGAGCUUGAGAAGAUCUGGAGCAAAAAUAAAGGCUGCUACGGGAAAUAAAGAGAAGGCGUUUUGUUUCUUUUUGAGACGCGGUACACAAAGCGAGAGCAGCGAUGAUGAUGAUGAUGAUGAAGGUGGUGGCGGGUUUGUACGCGGUGCUGGCGGCGGCGGUGCUGCUCCUGGAACCGGGCGCGAGCGCCGCGGCGGCGGACAGCGGCGAGAUCUCGUUCGAGUACCACCGCUACGAGGAGAUGCGUAAGGCCCUGGUGUCCGUGUGGCUGCAGUGUCCGUCCAUCGCGCGCAUCUACACGGUGGGAGAAAGCGCCGAGGGCCGCGAGCUGCUUGUCCUGGAGAUGAGCGACAACCCGGGCGUCCACGAGCCUGGUGAGCCAGAGUUUAAGUACAUUGGGAACAUGCAUGGCAAUGAAGCGGUUGGCAGGGAGCUGUUGAUCUAUUUGGCUCAGUAUCUGUGUAAUGAGUAUCAACAGGGCAACGACACCAUCAUCAACCUGAUCCACUCCACCCGCAUCCACAUCAUGCCCUCCAUGAACCCCGACGGCUUUGAGAAAGCCGCUUCGCAGUCUGGUGAGAUGAAGGAUUGGUUCGUCGGACGCAGCAACGCGCAGGGUAUCGAUCUGAACCGAAAUUUUCCAGACCUGGACCGUAUCGUUUACAUGAACGAGAGAGACGGAGGAGCAAACAACCACCUGCUGAAAAACAUGAAGAAAGCCGUGGAUGAAAAUACUAAGCUUGCUCCUGAGACGAAGGCUGUAAUUCACUGGAUUAUGGACAUCCCAUUUGUGCUGUCAGCCAACCUCCAUGGAGGAGAUGUGGUGGCCAAUUACCCAUAUGAUGAAACUCGAAGUGGGUCAACUCACGAGUACAGCGCCAGCCCAGACGACGUAGUGUUUAAGAGCUUGGCGAAGGCAUACUCCAGCUUUAACCCGGUGAUGUCGGACCCUAAUCGAGCACCGUGCCGCAAAAAUGAUGACGACUCCAGUUUCAAAGAGGGCAUCACCAAUGGAGGGGCCUGGUACAGUGUGCCUGGAGGCAUGCAGGACUUUAACUACCUAAGCAGCAACUGUUUUGAGAUCACACUGGAGUUGAGCUGUGACAAGUUUCCGUUGGAGAACAUGCUCAAAAUGUACUGGGACCAGAACCGCAACUCCCUCGUCAACUACAUCUCGCAGGUCCAUCGUGGAGUGAAGGGUUUUGUGCAUGAUCUUCAGGGAAAUCCCAUCUCCAACGCCUCUAUUUCUGUGGAGGGCAUUGACCAUGAUAUUACCUCAGCUAAGGACGGUGAUUAUUGGCGCUUACUAGCUCCUGGUAACUACAAAGUGUCAGCUUCAGCUCCUGGAUAUCUUACCGUGACCAAGAAAGUGGCUGUUCCACACAGCCCUGCUGUUCGGCUUGAUUUCGAGUUGGAGUCCUUGGAGGAACGGAAGGAAGAAGAGAAAGAGGAGCUUAUGGAUUGGUGGAAGAUGAUGUCAGAGACCCUGAACUUCUAAAUUGUGAUUCCGAAUCAGUCGCCGAUUGGGUGUAACAUAUUUACUCGAUGUUGUAUGUGUGAUUUACAUCAUUUACAUUAUAGUAGCUAUUUUUUUUUGUUUGGGGCGCUACAUGUGGACUGAACUUUGGUUCUUCUGUAGAAGGAUGUGAAUCAAUAAAGCAGGAAGAUGAAAACUGGUGUUUAGUUCCUAAAGGUACCAAAGGUCCUAAUGUUGUGCUCUGCCAUUCAUGUAUUGAUGGUUUCUUUUCUGCACAUAUUGAUGGGCAUUUAGCUUAUAGGUGUUGUUUGCAAUAAUAUGUUCAUCGUCAGCUGCCUGUGUGUGUGUGUGUGUGUGUGUGUGUGUGUAUGUGUGUUCCCAGGUGCAUAUACACACACAGGAAGUAAAUACUGUAAAUGGUGUACUCUAUUUUUCCUUUUAAACAUUGUUCUUGUGAGCUACUUUCUAUCACCAACCAACCAGGAAGCACUGUGUUGUGAAUGAAUGUAUGUAUCAGAUAUAAAUUAUAUUUCAUCACUUAUAGAUUAUGAUGAUUAAUUAAGACUCUACGCCAACGGAGAGACGACUCAACAUAUUCUAUUUAUGCUUUUUCAUCUCUUCUUUCGAAACGGUCAUAUUGUGAAUGUUUUUUUUUUCUCGUUGUUGUUGAUGUUGUUGCUAUUUUAAAAGGAGUUGCAUCAUGUAUGUAAAAUGAAUUUUAAAGAAUGCUCGAGAGGUCCUACAUGAGCUCUUUUUAUUAUUAGAUCUAUAUAAGAUAUCAUUCUAUUAGAGCUUUAAACUGGUAACGGAUAGAUGUAUAUUCGUAACUGAAGGUACACUUUUAAUGAAUUUUAGCGUUAAGACACGAUGGCACAAAUGUGACUGCUUUUGUAGACGAAACCAAACUGCACAAGUGAUGACAUGGAUAACGAUAAUCUGUCUUUAUUUAAUAAACGCUGUAACUCUG